UUUGCAUAGUUUUUCCACAGGAAAGAUGUUUCAAGAAUUUCCCAAACACACCGGCAUUUAUAACAUUCGUGAUAGUAUUGAGUGCCUGGAAUUGGAAGUGCAUUUUCGGCAUGUCAACUCCUUGUUAACGCUGCCAAAAUUUGAACCCAAUCAGAACAACGCGAGCAAAAGUGCUGUGAAAAAAGGUGAACGUUUCGAGCAGGUGGACAAUGUGACCACCGUCACACGCAUUCGCUGGCAACAAAAGUUACUCAGCCCCAGCGAAGUAGAAUACUAUAAAGAUGAACGCAAUUGCAUUACCGACACACACAAAAAGUACCAUCAGUGGCUAUUGGCAGACGGUAUGCCAACAGAAGCAUCAAGCGGGGGCACAGCACCUGGCGAUGUCAGCAAACGUAGUCAGAAAAAUAAACGCCACAAAAAGUCAAGAAAAGCAGCGAACGCAUGCCAACAGCGCUGGGGCGAGAUAUUCACCUACGUGCAUGAGGACCACUUCAGGCCCGAGAAGGCAUUGCAAACGGCGAGUGUCGGCAAAACUGUACAACAGCCUGUCCCCAUGACGGAGGCGCUGCAGCUAAUGUAUGUCUAUGCUGCCAUUUCACCAGACACACAGCUGCUUUCGCUGGCCUGGCAGCCACUAAUGCGGCAAUUACACAUCUAUCCUGACUUCAACGACUUCGAAGCGAAUCCCUAUUACCUAGAAAUCGACACGGAUUAUCGCCAUUUGUACGCCUACGCCAUCCGCAAUGUCUCUCAGCGCAGACACAUUGCCAAUCCGGUGCAUUUCUUGCAACUACCCGAAUUGGCCACGCACUGGCAGGGGGAGCGUGACUUAAGCGCCUUGUUCGCCAUGCCGCCAAAGCGCACCACGCGCGUUUCUCUGCUAUUUGAAUUGCGUUCAGCCAGCGGUUUCAGCUAUGACAACAUACAUGCGCGCUACCACAUCCAAUUGCCGGCGCACACGUUACUGGAGGAGGGUAUAUUGCAUGCCAGCACGCACGCCAGCUCGCCCGCUCACGGUAAUAACGAGUGCUACUUCGGAUACAAUUGGCAAUUGACACUGCUCUGCGAAGAGGAAUUCAAUCCUGUCCACUUGCUGCAUAUCUACUUCGAACUCAUUUCCAUCGACAGUUGGGCGCGUGAACGUGUCGAGGGCUAUGCGCACUAUUCCACCUAUCUUCUGGCCGGCUGGAACUCGGUGAAGUUGCAGUGUUUGCGACCAGCUGAAGGCCUACUGGAGUCGUUGUCGCGCUACUUGAUUGGCGGUCGCCGAAAAUUUGAUUUUAUGCGGUACUACACAGAUACGAGCGAGGAUGCACCGCUGCAAUGUCGCUAUGGUUGUCGUAUGGAAAGCACGGGACAGCUUGACCUUAUCUGUCAACGUUUCACGCAACGCAACUGUGAACUGCUGCAACCGUGUGCGAAUCGCACGAGCGGAAUGACCUUGGAUGAUAUAAUGCUGGCAUACCGCGAGGCGCGCAGACGUCUGGAGGCUGUGGUGUUACAGUGAUUUUUAAGAUAUGAAAUUGGAGGAAGCGAAUAAAAUACUUUUAUAUAAAA